CUAAAAUGUCGCUUAUUGUAACGUUUAUCGGUAUUAUUGUGGCACUGCUCAUUUACGCAGUGCGUCGUAGAUACAACUAUUGGAAUCGUCGUGGUAUUCCGCACGAUGUACCCAAGUUUCCCAAAGGCAAUAUUGGCGAUUGGCCGUCCAAGCGGCAAAUUGGUGUGAUCUUUGGGGACUACUAUAAGAAAUAUAAAAAUUCCAAGAGCCCCUUUGCCGGCUUCCUAUUCUUUUUCACCAAGAGCGUUGUGAUUACCGACAUGGAACUGUUAAAACGCGUCUUGAUCAAAGACUUUCAAAAUUUUGAGAAUCGCGGCAUAUUUUACAAUGAAAUCGAUGAUCCCCUAUCGGCAACUUUGUUCAGCAUUGAGGGUCAGAAAUGGCGCCAUUUGCGCCACAAAGUGACGCCCACCUUCACCUCCGGCAAAAUGAAGCACAUGCUGCCCAUCGUUCUGAAAGUGGCCGAGGAAUUGGCCAACGUGUUUAAGGAGAAGGUCACAUCACCAAAGGUGCUGGAAAUCACCGAUCUAAUGGGUCGCUAUACGGCCGAUGUGAUUGGCACCUGUGCGUUUGGCAUCGAUUGCAACAGCCAGCGCAAUCCCGAUGCCGAUUUUGUCAGCAUGGGCAAGCGAGCUGUUACGGAACGAGCCUAUCAUGGACUUUUAGAUUUCUUCAUUUUUGGCUUUCCCAAGUUAGCGCGUUUUUUGCAUUUGCGAUUAACAGUUCCGGAGGUUGAGGACUUCUACAUGCGGAUCAUCAAAGACACCAUCGAUUAUCGUGUGAAGAACAAUGAGAGGCGCAACGAUUUCAUGGACAUGCUAAUCCAAAUGUAUAAGAAGCAACAGAUGGGUAACACCGACGAGGGUCUGACCUUUAAUGAGUUGGCCGCCCAAGCGUUCAUUUUCUUUGUGGCCGGUUUUGAGACCAGCUCCACAACCAUGGGCUUUGCCCUAUACGAGCUGGCCCAGAAUCAGGAUGUGCAAGACAAACUGAGAAAGGAAAUUCACGAAGUGCUUGCCAAGCAUAAUAAUGUGUACUCUUACGACAAUAUUAAAGAAAUGGCAUACCUCGAACAGGUUGUGAUGGAAACGCUACGCAAAUAUCCCGUGCUGGCUCAUCUUACACGCAAGACCAUUGCGGAUUAUUCGCCGGAAGAUCCAAAGUAUUAUAUUGAGAAGGAUACGGCUGUUAUUGUGCCCGCCAUUGGCAUUCACUAUGAUCCCGACAUCUAUCCCGAACCACACAAGUUCAAGCCAGAGCGCUUCACAGAGGCUGAGAUUGCGGCUCGGCCAUCCGUUAGUUGGUUGCCCUUCGGCGAUGGUCCACGGAACUGCAUUGGAUCUCGAUUCGGUAUGAUGCAGUCGUGUGUGGGUCUGGCCCAUCUGAUAAGCGACUACAAGUUCAGUGUGUCGCCCCAAACGACAAUACCCAUGAAAUUUGUUCCACAGAAUAUAUUGUUAUGCUCUGAAAACGGCAUUUAUUUAAAUGUCGAACGGGUUGGCAAACCAAGUGAAAUGUUCGUCUCCUACUCGCUGUGCGUGUUCUUCCUAAUCUGUGCCUAUAUAUGGAUGCAGCAGCGAUUAUCCUAUUUUAAGCGUCGUGGCAUUGCACAUGAGACACCCUGGCCACUGGUUGGCAACAUGUGGGGUUGGCGAAUCACCAAACAUACCUCGGAGAUAUUGCAGAAGCUCUACUUUAGGUACAAGCACCUGGGACCCUAUGUGGGUGCCUACUUUCUAAUGACUCCCAUUUGGAUUGUCACCGACAUGGAGCUGUUGAAACGCAUCUUUAUCAAGGACUUUGCCAACUUCGAUAGUCGUGGUCUGUUCUACAACGAGCGAGAUGAUCCCUUGUCAGCGCAUCUCUUUGCAAUUGAUGGUCCCAAGUGGCAUAGCUUAAGGCACCGAAUGACGCCCAUUUUUAGUGGUGCCAAAAUGAAGUUAAUGUUUCCAUCUGUGCUUAGAACAGCUAGCGAGUUGGUUAAUGUACUGCAAGAGCGUUGCGUCGGACAAGCGGCCAACUUGGAGGUUACCAAAAUACUGGCCUGCUAUACGUCGGACACCAUUGGCACUGCCAUAUUUGGACUGGAGUGCAAUAGUCUGCGCGAUCCAAAGGCACCCUUUGUCCAGAUGGGUCUGAAUGCGAUGCUAAAGAAACGUUUGGAUUACAUCUUCUGCCUGCUGUUUCCAAAGCUGAGCCUUAAGCUGCGACUCAAGCGCACGCCCCGCGAUGUGGAAGCCUUCUAUAUGGGCCUAGUUAAGGACACUAUCAGCCAUCGGGAAAAGUACAAUGUCAAGCGCAAUGAUUUUAUCGAUAUCAUGCUGCAAAUGAAACAUAAAUACGAUGCAGGCAAUUUGGAGGAGGGUCUCUCGCUCAAUGAGAUCGCCGCCCAGAUGUAUGUCUUUUUGGUGGCAGGCUUUGAGACGACAGCAACGGCUUUAAGCCUGGCUCUGUACGAGCUGGCACGAAAUGAGCACAUCCAGAGCCAGCUCAGAGGGGAGAUCGAAGAAGUCAUCGCCAACUAUGGAGUGAAUGGGGAGUUGAGCUAUGAGGCCUUGCAGAAAAUGAAAUAUCUGGAGCAGGUCAUAUCGGAGACGCUACGCAUGUAUCCCGUUGCCUCGGAGCAUUUGAGACGCGCCAACGCCCACUAUGAGUUCCCCAAUCAUCCCAAUUAUUAUAUACCAGCGGGGGCGCAGUUGAUUAUACCCGUCUAUUCCAUACAUCACGAUCCGGAAUACUAUCCGGAGCCGGAGAAGUUCUUGCCCGAACGCUUCACAGAGGAGGCCAUCCAGCAGCGUCCAACAUGUGCUUUUCUACCCUUUGGAAUGGGGCCUCGCAUCUGCAUAGGAAUGCGCUUUGGUAAAAUUAAGCUGGCCGUCGGCUUAAUAUCAUUAUUGCGUCAUUUUCGAUUCAGUCUGUCGCCGGAUACCCCACAGCCCAUGGAAUUCACGAAACACUCGUUUCUACUACACACCAAAUGUUUCAAGUUACUUGUGGAGCCACUAAAAUGAGUUGAAGCUGAUUUAAUUGUUGAAAACAAAGUUCAACUCAAAUUAGGUGAUAGAAAUUCUACACAACUGUGACACUAUAACAAACUAAUUUCACUUUAAUAAGCAUCGCUACGAACCAAAACAAAAAGCACACAAAACUGGCUAAUAAUA